GGGGGCCGCUUCACCGCGUCCCGACGGCCCCCGCGGCUCCGGCCGCGCGGUCCCGUUGCUCCGCCGGACGAAAGCCUCAGCCCCCGUCGGCCGGGAGCGGAGUCGGAGGCGCCGCAUCGCAGCCCCCGGAGGUCGCUUCGCCGCAGAAUGGCCCGAAUAGACGCGGCGCCGCUCGCGCUCCUGCUGCUGUGCUGCGCCGCCGCCGGCACGACGCCGGCGGGCGGCCGCGGGGACAAAGCCAUCCUGGAGAUGCUCCACAUCGACAAAGUGUCUGCGAGCCACCGGGCCAGGGCGCAUCCAUACAUGAGGAGGGUCUAUCAGCGGCUGGACUCGCUGGAGGAGCGGGACCUGGAGAGGUCGGACGGGACGCUGGUGCAGAGCUUCCGCAGCGUGGCUGGUCCGGAUCACGGUCCACCGGGCUGGAUCUGGUUCAACGUCAGCAGCCUGAACCCGUCGAUGUCAGGCGGGGAGCUGGUUCUGUUCAGAAAAACCCUGCACCCGAGCCCGCUCAGCGUGACCGUCACCCUGCACAGUGUCUGGGCCUCACGCCAGCGGCCUCUGCAGGAGAGCCCGGCGCUGGAGGAGCGGCGGCUGGACCUGGACCACAGAGCCGCGUCUGGAUACGACGUGUUUGACGUGUCGGCCGCUCUGGCCGCGAAGCCCCUGGAGGUGCUGGGCUUUCAGCUGCGCUACACGGACGAGCUUGGAAGCCUGGUGCUUCACGAGGCCCUGACCCGGAGUCUGUACUGUCUGAACAGGGGUUCUGUGAGCGAACCGCUACUGGUGCUGUACCAGGCCCAUCCCCUCCAACAAUAAACAACAUGCUGUCUAACUAGUUAAGAGUCAUGUGACACAGACUAAACUGCUACACAACAAUACUGGUUGAACGUGUUGAGUUUGUGUUGCUUUGCUAAUGUGAUGGUUCAUUAACGUGUGCAUCCCUCUAGUGGCCAACGUAGGUAAAUACAACACGGAGCAGAUGGAACAAGUGUCUACAAUUGCUAACAGUGUGAUGAUAUCAAUGUCAGUUUCCUCCAACUGGUGUUAUUGUUUUUAUUUCCAACGACACCAGUAACUUUACUAAUAUUGUUAAUAUACAGUACUACAUCUGUGACCGGGACUUUACUUACUGGCUCAGAACUGGUUCUGGGUUCUGGUCCACGUCCCUGACAGGGUCCUGCACCCCAUCAACCCUCAGGACACGACGACCAGCAGGACACGCUUCUGCUCCCAAGCUUCCUGUGGACAUUUUUCAAAAUAAAAUUAAUUUAGGGCUUUUGUAACACUCAAAAGAUGAGACUCGUGUUUGACCUGGUUCCAGGAUUUCAGUCUCUACCACUGUAAAUAAACGUGUUAUGCGUUUACAGUAUGUUUCCUAUCAGCAUCUGUAAACCGGUUCCCACAGAGUUUUCCACCGG